CUAGCUCGUAAUCAGGAUAUUGGAUAUUGGAUCAAGCAGAGCGUAUUUUGCGCUCGAGGUCGCGGUGACGUCUUAUUGGAAUGGAAAGGCCACUGCUUUCCCCAUUUAGCCCCAACUUACCUCAUUCCGCUAAAGAAAGAUGGAUCUGUAUUUAUCCUGCUUAUAUAAACAACCGCCGGACUAGAGCUCAGGGGAGGAAACUUUCAGUUGAACAGUGUGUAGACAAUCCCAAACACUCUGAAGUAACUAUGAUUUUGGGAAAACUGUCACUUGACCACUUGCUGGAAACCAAGGUUCAUCCAAGGGAAAGGGACGCAUUUGAACCCAUGAAUAAGUGGCGUGUUCGAGUACAUUUGAAGAACGAUGAUGGAACUCCUAUUAAUGAACAGUUUCCAAACCGUCAGGCUCUUCUCCUAUAUUUAGGGAAGGUUAUUCCUGUCAUUAGAUCGAAAAGACCACAAACAUCCGGUUCUAACACGACAGACCAGAAUUUCCAAGGAAAAAAGAACAAACGAAAAGGCAAAAAAUAAGACGGCGUUUUUUGUUGCGUGCACACUAAACUGUCCUGGCGAAAAGCUGUUCAAAUAAAUGGUAACACAUUACCCAACAUCUCUAUCCUACCUUGUUCUCAGAUGUUCUUGGAGUUCACUAGUUUUACACUUAUUUUAUUUUCUUCCUUGUACAUUAUUACCCAGCGGUAUUUUUGUGACUUCCCUUGUUCUUUCACUGGUUCACGUGAUAAUAUACUUUGCAUUUUAAUCAAACAUCUCUCAGACUUGCAGUUCGUGUCUUUGGGAAGCACAGUGUUAUAUUUUUACUACGUCGCAUUUGUGACAUUCUUAUCAGCAGUAAGUUUGCUAUAAAUUAUAGCUGUAGGUAAUAUCUACAAUCGAAUAAAUUGCAGUUCAUAUUGUACAAUGGUGAUUUUAUCAUGUAGCAAUAAGUUUAGGUGGUAGCAAAUGAGUGAUGCGUAUAAAAAUUAGUAAACCUAAAACUUAAUUGAUGGAAUGUUUCAAAAUUCGAGUUGUAGUAGUGUACGUAUUUACUGAUAUUUCCUGUAAACUGAGUGCAGUUAAUUUCAUCCUGACAUCAUGUACACAUCUCUAAGAGUAUUAACUAACUUCCCAAUCUCUAAAUUUCGUUACAGGUUUCCACAAAGUUUGAUUGAACUUUCAGAUUACGUACGAGCUAAGAGCGACAUUGUUGGAAUAAGUAUUUAACUUUUUACUGAGUAUUAUGACUUGAGC